AUGGCGACGUGCGACGGGCGGGUCCGUGGGCUCCCCAUGGCGAGGAGGGGCACGGCGGCAAAUGAAGAAUUGCACAGCCUGCUGGUGGCUUAUUCCAAUUACGUGGAUCAGCACUCGGAGUCAUGCUGCCCCUGGAUUGCCGAUCGUCGGCCGCACUCUUUUCGCAAUCCGCUUUUAACCCGGGAAGAGAGGACACCGGAGGGAACGGGCACCAGCGUGAAGGACAAGUUGGAAGGUGCCAUCAUGCGGCAGAAGGAGCGCGAGAUAGUGAAAUAUGACCAACUCUUAGACGACAUUAAACAGGGGAAGGUGCGGAAGCUGACCAAGCAACUGCCGUUCAUGCUUCCGAUUAGGGGCAGGAGCAGCUCACUGACAUUGGCUUACAAGGUUUGGCUCCGCUUCCUCGUGGCUUACGCGUCAUGUUUAUGCAUCAUGCUCCUCCUCGCGUGGUUUUCGGGCUUCCUCAUGGAGAUUUUUUGUUCGAUAUUUGUUUUUGUUCCGGACGUUUCUACGCCAGACGCGGAUAGUGAGAGCCAGAGUUUUUCUGAAUGCAACGCUGUUUCAGCGUACAUCGGCUUCUUGCUGCUGCCUUUUCUGAUCGUGUUCACGGCGUUUCUCGGCGACGAGUUCUGCGAUCUUGUGCUGGACUCUGUGCAAGAGGUUCCGCUCACCUUGUGCCGUGCAACAAUUCUUGCAGCAGCUGCGAGCCCUCUUUUUCCUUGUAGGAAACAGGAAAGGGCAGCGGAGCCCAUCCCCAAUUGGACGUAUGUCGCCGUCGAGAUAUGCUUGGUGAUCUGCCUCAAUGUGGUGCCUGGGUGCUGUGCUUUCUACAGGGUCCUCACCACCUACCAGGUUGGCCCAUCCAUUAAGGCAUUCAUCGCAGGGUCUUCCUAUGGCGUUCUUGCAAUUGCUUUCUUAUUUGCAGUCGCCGACGUCAGGAUAUCGUGCGACCAUAAGAGAGAAAAGCUGCGGGACGUGAUCCAUGAGGAGCUCAGGAGUAAACACGUAUUCCCCUGCACAUGCUCACUUUGGCUUACUCGUGGCAUCAUCAAUCACAAUUGGGCCUAUCACAAGGAAGAGUGGGCAUUCGCUGACCAGGAAUGGAAUGAGAGACUUGUGAUGCAUGCGAUGUCCAAGGGUGAGGACGACCAGCCCAAGGGGCUGGCGAGAAGCAAGAGUGAUAUAGCGAGCACCACGAUGACCAAGAACUGUGGCACGUGGCUGGUUUGCGUUUUUGUAUGCCUGGUAUCGUGGGCAGUGACCGUUUGCGCCACUCGGCACGUCUUGUCCUAUAAUUCCAUGUACGGUACUGGCUCCUCAACUCGGACAUCAGACGUGCGUCUUGGGGUAUUGGCGUGCGCGUGCGUUUUGGUGACUGUGGUGUCUUUGCUCAGCUGUGGGAUCCGCAAGAACUUGCCCAGGAUACUUGGAGGGCCAUUCUUUGCGAUCCUGGUGUUCUUCAUGUCCGUGAGUUCUGUUAUCCUCCUUUCGGAAAUAUAUAUCUUGCCCACGCCAGACCUGUCUCCGCUAAUGACGGUGGAGCGGGACAAUGCGUUCAUGCCCAGCUGUGGCGGGGAGGGCGACGAGGGAAGCUGUGACCCUCAUCACCCGUGGAAUGGCAGCGAUGAGCUUGCGAAGUAUCCCGUCUGUAAUAUGGCAUGGGGCGCGGCGACGGCGACUUUGUCAUCCCUCGAUCUCGCGGGCUUGGCACACAUAUCCGGCGGAUCCUAUGCAGUUCGGCCUGAAGACAUCAAUGAAUUGUUGCAUCGGGGUUAUAAUUUCUCGGGGAGACACGGGCACCAUACACCGAAUUAUGACACCCCCAUUUCGCAAGACCCUUCACCGUACAAAAAUGUGCCUCGAGUGCUGGAGAUUUUCUUCCCUUCAAAGAUUCCGAAUCGAAGUGGUACUCGAGUUUUUGCCAUCAAGGGCACGUCCACUUCGUAUGACGCUGUGACGGACGCAAGCUUCUUCGCAGGCAUUGAAGUGUUGCAGCUUUUUAACCACAUCUUUCCAGUGCUCACAGUCUUUCCAGAAUGGCGGAUACAGUGGCUUCUGAGGCCUACCCUCAACCAGCACACCGAGGACACCGAGCAGAGCAUAUUUGAGGAAGUUGAACAGCGCAUAAAAAGGUCCAAGAAGGCUCACCCAGCGGACCAGGUUAUUCUCACUGGCCACUCGCUGGGAGGUGGCAUUGCUCAGAUCGUCGCUGCUCGCACGGGAAUUCCUGCGCUUGUGUGGUCCGCGCCUGGCAUAUUGUUCUCAGCACACCGUUUCGCGAAGAAUGUCCAACAUCCGUGGAGUGAGUUGAUAAGGUUUGAGGAGCUUGCCAAGAGGAGCGUCACUGUCGUUGUUCCGGACCUCGACCCCGUGCCUAGAGUUGACGAGCAGAUCGGGAUGGUACAGCCGGUGGAGUGCCGCGGCAGAGAUGGGAAGUUGCCGUUCCCUUGGGACUGCCAUCCCAUCAAGAAGACGGCGUGCGAGAUUUGGCGCGUAUGCGGGGACCCGAUGGGCCGUGAUUUCAGGCACGCUUGCAAUGACAACAAUGUGACAUUUCAUGUCAAUCCAAGCAACAAGGGAGAGCCGUACCAGGAUGACGACGCAGACGUCUCUGCCUUCGACCUUAGGGUCCGGCGUUCCGUGGUGGUCGUCGUGGGCGUGAUCAUCAGUAGUUUCGUCGGCGUGCUCAUUCGCCGUCGUGCUCAGAUUGAUGAAGCAUCGCUGGGCGAACACGCUGAAGCAGGACACUCUUCUGGUUCGGGAGGCCGUGGCGGAGCCAGAGAGCCUGCGAGGCUGCCAAGGCGCUGGAGCUGGAACUAA